GUUCCUGUCCCCUCGGUUCUUGGAAGGGGAAAUGCAGAGUUAAGGUUCACGCCACCCCCACAAAGCACCCUCCUCUCUUUUUUAGCAUCACCCCAACAUCCCAGUGACACACACACUCCCCGCUACAGAACACUCUGAGAACAGGGCAUGGGGCAGUCCAGCACAAAGUCUAACAACUUCUCUUUGCGAAAGCAAAACUUUGGGGUUUGGUCCAGCAUAACAAACAGAAGCUCCGACCCCUGGCUGGCACUCAAACGCUGAGCCUACUCCACACACACCAGCUCAGACUAGCAAAUGAUACCACUCCCUUGCCCUCACCUUGAGGAUUCCUUCUGAGUCAUUGCCUUUACUUAGCUCUCACUAAGCCCUGGAGACUAAGCAUAUACCCACUGGACUGCUGACAACCCCGCUGGCAAGAGCACACCUUUGUGCACCUUUAUUGACACAAACUACAAUACUCAGCACUGAAAUGGGGCAGACUAGGUCCCUCAGCUUUCACAUGUACCUCUCUUCAUACCACAGUCACAGCUCUCCAAAGCUGCUCCAGCUAAUCCCUCCACCUUUCAGUUACAGCUACCCCUGGUAGAGUGCACACAGCUGGAGGGCAUGCAGAUAAAUGCUGGCAUUCCAGUCUGGAGAACAUAACACAAAUAAUGGCAUGUUCUCGUAGUCCUUCCUGUAUCUGUUACAGAUUCAUAGAUUUUUGUGGCCACAAAGGACUUCUAAUCCAUCCUCCUGGGCAUAGAAUUUCCUCCAGUUACUGCUGAACUGAGCUGAAGAGCUUGUGUUUCACGAAAUCAUCUUCCUGAAAGGCAUCCUGAGAUGGAGAAACCUCCAUUUUCUUUGAUGCAGGGUUUUCAGUCUCCAAACCUGAUAUGAUCUCCCAGCUGGAACAAGGAGAGGAGCCGUGGGUCCUGGAUCUCCAGGGUUUAGAGGAAAGAGAGAUCCUGACAGGUGCCUGCACAGAUGAAGGAUCAUUAAACCAAUACGGUGCUGGGAUGGUGAGUGAGAACAAGGAGCAGAAUCCUCAGCAGGAAGAUGCUGAGCAAGUGGAAGGGCAUGGGGCAUUAUCGCAAAGACCCAGAGCGAGCCUGUUCAGAAGCCAUGAGCAGGGAAAAGCCGGUGAGAGUCAGCGCAGGCCAGAGAGGCUGGAGAGAAACCAGCCAGGGGAAAACGGGGAUAAAUCCAUUAACUGUCAGGGAAUUCACAAGGACCUCAAGGAAACCACAGCCCAGCAGAGACUCCCCACAGGAGAGAGAAACAACACAUGCGCUGAGUGUGGGAAAACCUUCAGUUGCCGCUCUGGCCUCAUUAAGCAUCAGAGAAUCCACACAGGGGAGAGACCCUAUGAAUGCGGUGAGUGUGGGAAAACCUUUGUUCGGAACUCACACCUUGUUACGCAUCAGAGAAUCCACACCGGGGAGCAACCCUAUGAAUGCUGCGAGUGCGGGAAAAGCUUCACCGACAGCUCAGCCCUUGUUACGCAUCGGAGAACCCACACGGGAGAGACGCCCUACGAGUGCCUGGAGUGCGGGAAAAAUUUCACUCGGAGCUCCAACCUUAUUAUGCACCAGCGAAUCCAUACGGGAGAGAGACCCUAUGGAUGCUAUCAGUGCGGGAAAACCUUCGCUCGGCGGUCGAACCUGAUUAGACAUCAGAGGAUCUAUACAGGCGAGGGUCCCUAUGUAUGCGCCGAGUGUGGGAAAACAUUCCAUCAGAGCUUGGCCCUUGUUUAUCAUCAGAGAAUCUGCAAAGGAGAUCAACACUGCGAAAACGCUGUCUAGGGCUGGCAAAAGAGGGGGUUUUUUUGGUCCUCUAACACUUGUUAAUUCCCACAUAUUGACCUUUAAGCUAUUUGGCCCCUUUGCUUCACCGUGUUCUCUCAGCUCCCCUAGGCAAGUUAUCUGUUUUUGCCUUCUGCCGUUUGCCCUUUUCUGGGGUAAAUCCUGUGGUCCUGUCUCUCAAUUCCAUUGUCCUUUGAGUCUUGGAAGUGUGUGUCCAUCAGCCCCAGAUGGGAGAGAGGCGGGUGACUUCAGCUAACUAAAUCUACGUGGACCUCAUGUCCCCCAGGCCAGUGGUUCUCAAGAUUUUUUUUUCUUUUCAUGAACCACUUGAAAAUUGCUGAGGGUCUCGGCAGACCACAUAAUGAUCUUUCCAG